UACAGAAGCGUAGCAAAUCUGUUUGGCGUUGGCAAGUCAACCGUGUGCAUUUGCCUGAAAUUAUUUUGCCAGGAGGUGUGGAAAAUUCUUUCACCCUUGUACAUGAAUGCAUUUCCAUUAACAAGCGACAAGGUGAAUGAGUGCAUCAGAGGAUUUGAGGUUCUUGGUUUUCCACAAUGUUUAGGUGCAAUGGAUGGAAGCCACAUUGAAAUAAAACCAGAAUCUCAGAAUGCUGUUGACUACUAUAACUAUAAAGGGUGGUACUCGAUUGUUUUGUUUGCCCUCGUAGAUUAUAGAUACCGUUUUCUUUAUAUAAAUGUUGGGUAUCCUGGAAGAGUCAAUGACUCUUUUAUUUUUGAAAAUUCAUCACUUAAGAGCCAGUUAGAAAAUUGUAUUGCUUUAGAAGACAAAAGUAGGGUGAUUAAUGGUGUCAAAAUACCCGUAUUGAUCCUAGGUGAUUCUGCAUUUCGAUUUUCCACCAAAGUUAUGAAACCAUACCCUUAUGAUGAAAACGCUAGCAUUGGUCAAAAAACUUUUAACUACCAAUUAUCUAAAUGUCGAAGAGUGGUUGAAAAUGCUUUUGGGCAGCUUAAGGCAAGGUUUCGCAGAAUAGGGAAGGGCAUUGACAACAAAAUCGAAAACGUGAACAUUGGGUACGAGCUCUGA